UUCCAGCUUACCAAGUGUUAAUCUACCGCUGGACUCGCUUCUCCCCAGACCCCGGAGAUGCGGGUCAUGGGGCCGAGAACCCUCCUCCUGCUGCUGCCGGGGGCGCUGGUCCUGACCGAGACCUGAGCGGGUGAGUGCGGGCUCGGGAGGGUAGGAUAGGGCAGGACCCCCAGGGAAGGAGCGAGCCCGACGCCCUCGCCCGGACCUGCCUCCACCCCCCGUCCAGUCCUGUCCCUCCCAUGUUCCCGCCCCCUCCUCACUGCCCCCAAGUCCUGGUCUUUCUCCGACCUUCUCCGUCUCCCGAGCCCCGAGCCCCUCCCUCCUCCCAUUCCGUCACCUCGGACCCGGGACCCGCGCCGGGAGGAGGUCGGGCCGGGUCUCACCCCUCCCCGCCCCCAGGCUCCCACUCGCUGAGGUAUUUCUACACCGCCGUGUCCCGGCCCGGCCGCGGGGAGCCCCGCUUCAUCGCCGUCGGCUACGUGGACGACACGCAGUUCGUGCGGUUCGACAGCGACACCCCGGAUCCGAGGAUGGAGCCGCGGGCGAGGUGGGUGGAGCAGGAGGGGCCCGAGUAUUGGGAUCAGGAGACGCAGGGAACUAAGGACGCCGCACAGACUUUCAAACUGAACCUGAACACCCCGUGCGGCAACUACAACCAGAGCGAGGCUGGGUCUCACACCCUCCAAGAAAUGUAUGGCUGCCACGUGGGGCCGGAUGGGCAUCUCCUCCGCGGGUAUGAUCAGUUCGCCUACGACGGCAGAGAUUACCUCGCCCUGAACGAGGACCUGAGCUCCUGGACCGUGGCGGACACGGCGGCCCAGAUCACCCAGCGCAAGAUGGAGCAGCAUAUGGCGGAGCGUGUGAGAAACUACCUGGAGGGCGAGUGCGUGGAGUGGCUCCGCAGAUACCUAGAGACCGGGAAGGACUUGCUGCAGCGCGCAGACCCUCCAAAGACACAUGUGAUCCAUCACCACAUCUCUGAGCGUGAGGUCACCCUGAGGUGCUGGGCCUUGGGCUUCUACCCUGAGGAGAUCUCACUGACCUGGCAGCGUGACCGGGAGGACCAGAGCCAGGACAUGGACCUUGUGCAGACCAGGUCUUCAGGGGACAGAACCUUCCAGAAGUGGGCGGCCCUGGUGGUGCCUUCUGGAGAUGAGCAGAGAUACACGAGCUGUGUGCAUCAUGAGGGGCUUCAGGAGCCCUUCACCCUGAGAUGGGAACCUCCUCAGACCUCCUUCCUCACCAUAGGCAUCAUUGUUGGCCUGGUUGUCCUUGCGUUGGCUGUGGUGGCUGGAGCUGUGAUCUGGAGGAAGAGGUGCUCAGGUGAAAAUGGAGGGAACUGCACUCAGGCUGCAAGCAGUGACAGUGCCCAGGGCUCUAAGGUGUGACCAGAGGUCUCAUGGAUCCUAAAGUGUGAAAUAGCUACCUCAUGGGGACUGAGUGGUGCAAGAUUCCAUAUCCCACUCCCACUUUAUGACUUGAAGAUCUGACUUCUCUUUCUGCCGAAGUCAUCUGAAUGUGUUUGUGCUGCUAUUAGCAUAAUAUAAAAAAGUCAUGAGCCUGGCCUGCUUCUAUCCACCACGACCCCUCCUCACCUGGGACUGUUUUAAUACCAGGUUUUGUUGCCGCCUGGUAAGCCCUUAAAACAGAGACUUAUUUAGGUUUAUAUUUCGUUGGUAAAUAGGACCCAUAAAUCAACAAUAAUUGUUUUCUAAAAAGAAAAAUAUCCUGUGAUGUAGUAUGAAGGAAGGUUGGUUGCCAAGAAGGGAAGAACAGCACCUGUGAGAAACACACAAGUGGCACUGAUGUCAAUGUGAGUAGAUGUUAUGCUGUAGCUACCGCAAUACAACAUUUGGCCUGAGGUCACAUUAAUAAAGAUAUAGUGAGGUGUUUAACACUGAUCCUGCUUUCCAGGUGGCUCUGUGAUAAACAAUCCAUUUGCUGCCAGGAGCUAGCAUGAGGAAUCCCGCCUGUGGUAAGGUCUUGAGGAAGGAGGCUCGGCAUACACAAAGGCGGGGUCAGCCCUCAGGGGUCCCCCUGGAAAUUCUCAAGCAUCUACCCCCAAAACCAAAGUCUGCCUGC